AUGACGGACAAAGAAAUUCCACGCGUGAAGGCAUCCGUGGGUGCGGCAAAGAUUCACGAGUUGAUGCUAGAGUAUGGGGGAGUCAUCAUCGAGGAAUUUCUCUCCCCUGCCGAGGUUGAACAGCUAAAUAGCGACAUUGACGCACCGUUCGAGGCUCUCCAACACGGCUCUCUUAGUGAUGUCAAAGCAUUAAAAGACUUCCACGGGGAAAAGACGAAACGACUAACCAACUUGGUCACCUACAGCAAGGUGUUCCGGCAGGAUAUCUUGAACAAAGAUAUCCUACACGCCAUACUAGAAAUUGUCUAUUCCCAGGACAACAGCUCGUACUGGAUGUCAGCGGCUCAAGCUAUCGAGAUCCACCCAGGAAACGAAGAACAGAGACUGCAUCGCGACCAGAGCCAGUUCAGAGUAUUCAACUUGCUCGGCCCAGAAGGUCCUGAAGCUGUGAUCAAUUUCCUCACCGCACUUACUCCCUUCACGGAGAUCAAUGGCGCAACACGAGUCAUUCCAAGAUCGAACAAGUGGACAGAUUUCACUGACAUGGGACGAUCUGAGCACACCAUCCCUGCGUUAAUGAACCCCGGCGACGCUCUGAUGAUCACCGGAAAAACAGUGCACGGUGGAGGUGCAAAUAAAACCGUCGACGAAAAGCGCAGAGGCCUCGCGCUGACUUUUAGUCUCAGUUACCUCACCCCAGAAGAAGCAUAUCCAUUUCAAAUCAGUCACGACGUCGCGAAGACCAUGACAAAGAAGGCUCAGCGGCUCAUUGGGUUCAGAUCCCAGUAUCCGGCUUCCUCGGGCGGGUUAUGGCAAUGUGAUUAUGCAGAGCUGGCGGAUUUUCUUGAAUUGGACUCCGUGGAGGCACCUUCCCAGAUCCAGAAGACCAACGGGUAUCAUUAG